UGGCGCUUAGUGUUUAGGGCCUUCGCACUCUUCACCUUCACAGCUUCACCGGCCGCCGCUGCGGCUAGCGUCUCCAGUCUCUCCGGCAGUUCACUCUAGCCGUCCAGAGAAGAUUAUCUCCGUCGUCCGGCCACUUUGUUUGUAGGGUUGGCAAUCAGAGAUCCUUUAAUUUAAUGACAGAUUCCCAAGUAGAUGGUGAUUCCAGUUUGCUUUCUCUUGAUGAAGAAUUUCGUUUUCAGCAUCCUAUUGAAGUGAGCAGGGACAAAAAGUCAUCAAGUGUUCAAUCCACCCCAGAUAUUGAAAAGAAGUAUGUCCAUCACGUAUAUGAUGCCAUUGCUCCUCAUUUCAGCUCUACACGAUUUGCAAAGUGGCCAAAAGUUGCUACUUUUCUCAAUACCUUGCCACCAGGAUCCCUCAUUUUGGAUGCAGGCUGUGGAAAUGGAAAGUACUUGGGUUUAAAUCCUGAUUGCUUCUACAUAGGCUGUGAUAUUAGUGCUCCUCUGAUCAAUAUAUGUGCGGGAAGAGGAAAUGAAGUCAUUGUUGCAGAUGCUGUAAAUCUCCCUUACCGAGCCGAAUUUGGUGAUGUGGCAAUCUCUAUUGCUGUAUUGCAUCACUUAAGCACAGAAAGCAGAAGGAAGAAGGCUAUAGCUGAAUUAGUUCGAGUUGUUAGGAAGGGUGGCAUGGUCCUAAUAACAGUCUGGGCUGUAGAACAAGAGGAUAAGUCAUUGGUUAACAAGUGGACUCCUCUUACCAAGAAGUACACGGAGGAGUGGAUAGGUCCUGGUACUCCUCGAGUCCGUAGUUCUUCAACCCUGACACUAGAAAGAAUCCCAGAAAGUGAGGAAAAUGGUGCCCGAGAUCACUUGCGAGAUUCUGAGAGGUUAUCUGACACAAGGGAAACUGCACAUGUAUCCUUGAAAAAGGAUGACAGCUCAGUUUCUCCAAAAUUGGAAGAAUAUGAAAAUCAGCAAGAAUAUUUCAUCCCUUGGCACUUGCCUUAUCAUCGUGCUGAAGUUAGUGGUGCCUCCGCUUGUGCUCUUGCAAAUGGACUGGCUAAGAAAGAUGAUAAAAAAGGUGCUGUAGUGUACAAUAGAUAUUACCAUGUUUUCAUUGAAGGCGAGCUUGAAAGAUUAGUCUCUGGAAUAGACAAUACUGUCAUCGUUGAUCAAUUUUAUGAUAAGUCCAACUGGUGUAUUGUUCUCAAGAAGACAUAAGCUUGCAGGACAUGCCUUAUAUGUAUGCAACAAUCAACAGCCAUUUCUUUCACCAUUUUGCUACAUCUCAUGGGGGAAAUUGAACAGUGACACCGAAAGUUUCUAGGUAGAUCGCAUAGGCAGGUGGUUUUAUAUAAAAGAUUGUUGUUGCCUUAAUGCUUUGGCUGAUUUCUGUGAGAUCAAAGUGAUUGCCAUUUAAAUGUUGCUUUCAAAGGAAAUGGAGAGGCAUUACAACCUUUUCUAAAAAAAGGGGGAAAAAAUAGGACAUGGGGAGGUUUCAGAUAAAUAAAGAGUUGUAUCAUUCCAUCGGAUAUGGGAAGAAGUUGUCUCUCUUGUGACAGAAGGCCUUGGUAUCCUCUCAUACUUGCAGCAACUAUACACCUAAUGAAGCUUCCCUUUCCCUUUUCCUUUUCCAUUGGCAUUAACAUUUAUAUACAAUUAUAGACACUUCCAUAUGCAUUGUUCCUACA